AUGAUCAAUCCGUCAACUACCCGAGUAAUUCAUGGUACUUGUGAUUGCAAAGCAUUGAGUAUGGGCCGGUGUUCUCAUGUAGCUGCUUUGCUAUAUGUUUCAUUAAAUUAUUUGAAUGAAUGUGAUGAAGAUAAUGUACUUUGUACAAGUAAACUAUGUAGCUGGAAUCAAGGUAGAAAAAGAAAAGAACUUCACAAAGCAGAUGAGCAACAAUACAAAAAUAAAAAUGACAUCAGUAAACGCAGGUCAUAUGAUCCUAGACGAAGUUUGACAAGACCUGUAGACAAACAAAAAAUAAAUAAUUUACUAUCUGACUUACAAUUAAUAAAUGCUAGCCGAAAAGCUCCUUCUAUGUGGCAAUUGUUACUACAGCCGCAAUAUGAAGAUUAUAUAUUAGAUAAACCGAGAAAAAGUCAGUUAAAAACAUUAGUUUAUCGUCUAACGACUAAUGUGUGCAAUAAUAGGAUUGGGCCUGUUCAUAUAACUUUAGGAGCUCAAAGAUGA